CUUUCCGGCGUACAACACUCUUGUAACCAAGGCCACUGCGCAUGGAAAGUAAUAAGAAGAAAUAAAACUGCAGUCCAUUGCAUGAUGGGUUGAUAGAAGACUCUGGUAGAAGACUCUGCGCUCUAGCCAAUAAGAACGCUGGAAUUUUGUUUCAAUGAAGAACAUUUGCCCGGAAAGAGUUAAUGGUUGUGGAAAAAUAGUGUUUCGUAGUUUGAAGCCGGCAUACCUAAUUAAAGGCAUUUUGUAAGUGCUGCAACGGUUUAAUUUGCCAAGUGUAAGCAGUUUUUUGCAAUCCAAGGUCAAAUAAGAUGUCUGAACGCAAAGCUGUAAUAAAAAAUGCCGAUAUGUCCGAGGAAAUGCAGCAGGAUGCUGUGGAUUGUGCAACACAAGCGCUGGAAAAGUACAACAUCGAGAAGGAUAUUGCAGCAUAUAUAAAAAAGGAGUUUGAUAAGAAGUACAAUCCCACAUGGCAUUGCAUUGUGGGCCGUAACUUCGGGAGCUACGUGACACACGAGACCAGGCACUUUAUCUACUUCUACCUGGGACAAGUGGCAAUCCUUCUGUUUAAGAGUGGGUAGAUGGUGUACUAUCCGUCCCAAAUUCAUGAAUCUCAUUGCCAUGUGUGGGGAAAGGGGGGAUUGGGAGGGGGGAUAAGAGCAAUCAUUAUUAUGCAUAAAUUCGAUAACUCUGAUCUGACUUUGCUGACCAUGUGUAGAUUAAUGUCAUAACCAAAUCACGUUUUUUUUUAAAGCAGGUGGAACUAAUUUGUAUGAGGGGAAAGCAUAAGGUUUUAUUUUGUUGCUCUGAUUUAUUCUGGACCAAAUUGUGUUUAUUUUGUUUGCUCUAGCAUUAAGAAAGGUAACCUACCCCUGGGGAAUGCUGCAGUAUUGAUAUUGGUAUUUUUCAGUUGUAAAGAAUGUGAAUGUUUUAAAUAAUUUCCAAUUCGUGAUUCUUUUCAUCAGGGGAAUGUAUUUGUUAGGAAUGAAUGGAUCUUUUGGACAUUGUACUCUUGAGUACUUUCUCAAGACAGCUGUUUAAAUGGUUUGUGCAGCUUUGUUCCGAUAUUGUGUUCAUUAUAGAUGCUUUAGGAAUUAAAUCUAAGCGGUCAUUCAGUGUAUCAUUUUUGAAAGGGAGGAAAACUCAUUGCCUUUGUUCUGUUUUCUUUGCAAACUUUUUGUGUGAAUGUGUGUGCAUGUGGCUGUGUGCAGAAGUUCAGAAAAGGCUUGAUGUCUAGUAUUUCAUUUUCUGUAAUUUACAAAAUCACAAUUGUUUUACAUGUUUUCUCUCUGUUCUUGUGUCAGAUAAAUUGCUGUUAACAUCUCAUGUGUAUUCUAGUUCUCAAAAGUUCUGCAGAUAAUGCUGAAACUUGUCUCUGGUAAAGUAUUAUUUGUUGGAGAAAGCAUUUGAGAUGCUGUGCGUGGGAGAUGGUUGAAAUGUUGAGGAGUGACGAGGCUUCAGCAUUUGCUUAGCAGACACUAUAUCACCAUGAGAUGGUGAUUGUCCCAGUUUAAAAGUUAAUGCUUGCCAGAAUGGAGCCAUGUUUAAAGAAGGUAUAUUUAAAGUAAAAAAUAGCAUAACAUUUUUAUUCGCACAACACCUGACUAGAAAUUUGAUAUCACGAGUUGUGUAUCGUGUGUCUCUCUUUUCUAAACAUAAUGUUGUAUCUCUCAGACGUUUCCAAGGUUGCUAUUUUGUCAUUAAGUUGGUGCUGUGUAGAGAGAGUAUCUGCUCGUUUCAAAGGUGUUUAUUCAGUCUUUAUUCAGAUGUAAAGAAAUCUUCUGUAAUCUGUAUUAUAAUUAUUAUAUGAACAUAGAAUUGACAAGCAUUAAACUGAUAUAUCACAAGUUGAAAAA